UCAAGCAUAAAAAAGAAGCUCAUGUCUCACCACCAUCAUGGUCAUCAUCUUCAUCACCAUCAUCAUCAUCUCUCUUCCAUGGCGAGUUUGCUCACCAAUCUUCCUUAUCACAAUGGAUUCAACCCUUCUACUGUCGACGAUGAAAGUUCAAGAUUCAUGUCCAAUAUCAUCACAAAUACUAACCCUAAUUUCAUCACUCCAAGCCACCUCUCUCUUCCUCCUCCUCAUGUUAUGACCCCAUUGACGAUGUUCCCAACCUCUAGAGAAGGAGAUUUCAAGUUUAUAACCACAUACAACACAAACCAGUCUCAUCAAGACAAUAACCUUUACAACAAUUUCGACAUAUUGUCAGCCACACCAGUCAUAAACAAUCAUCAUCAACCUUUACUCUCUUCUUCUUCUCAUGAUAAUAAUGAUCCCCAAUGGCCAGCGUUACCAGAUUUCCCAGCGAGUACCAUUUCCGCUUUUCAAGAAACGUCCCUUCAAGAUUAUGAUGAUGCUAAUAAACUCAACGUGUUUGUGACACCGUACAACGAUAAUAAUGCCAAGAAGCUAUUAUGUGGAGAGGUUCUCGAAGGCAAAGUACUAUCCUCCUCCUCGCCAAUUUCACAAGAUCACGGCCUUCUUCUUCCCACCUCGUACAACUUGCAAAUGUCAACCACGGUCGAUCAUCAUCAUCAUCAUCGAGCGGACUCAUACAUCAAUCACAUGAUCAUACCUUCAUCAUCCUCAUCGUCGCCAAUCUCUUGUGGACAGUACGUCAUUACUUAAGCAAACCCUAGUCUUCAGUACUGCUAGUCUUACUCCAUCAACAUGGGAUUCCUAGACAUGGGUACGUAUUAAAUACCUAUAUAGAAUCUAUAUACGAUUUUUAUCUAUAUAUAAAUAGAAAGAGAGGGAAACAUAAAUAAUCACCCAUAUGUUUAUAAGUCUUUUCAAUAUAUAUAUAGUACAAGGAUUUGUGAUAUGUUACAUGGAAUUACUUUUGAUAUGUAUUGCAUUGAAUUUGAAUAAUGAGGGAAAACAUAAAUGUUGCUCUAGUUCUUCUUAAUUCAGGUUAUCGUCGUGUGAGUUGUGGAAAAAGUUUUACUAUACUACAUAUAAAGUUCGCCCUUAGACACAUUUUAAUGAACACGUACAAACACACAAAUGUAUGUAAAAGCACGUAUAUGUGAAGGAUGUACGAUCUCUCUCUCUCUCUCUCUCUC